CAAACACAUAUGGGCUCUGGGCCUUGAAAUUGAGUCCGGCCCAAAUGUAUUGGCUGCUUGCUUUUCUUCUCUCUCCCCCGCUACUGGAUUUUCUCUCUCUGAUGUUUUUCACUGCGGCCUGGUCGGCGGCUAUGGUGCUGAUUGUCUGAGCAGGGAGCAGUCCUUGAGCAACUGUUUCACUUUUAGUGGCGGCGAGGAGCUCACAAAUCUCUACUGUCCCUCUACUUUGUAGCCGCCAGAGAUGGCAGAAGAAGAGAAGGAGGAGGAGAGCGUACCGGUGCUGCCGUGGAUGAGGAACCCGGUGGACGUCAGUCUGUCGGAGGAAUGUCAGCUCCAUCUCCUCCCUUUUCUUGAUCCCCGGUUGAGGGUGGCUUUGCAGAAGAUGGGCAUAUCUUCACUGUUCCCAGUGCAAGUUGCAGUGUGGCAAGAGACAAUUGGACCAGGCGCAUUUGAGCGAGACCUCUGUAUCAACUCCCCAACUGGAAGUGGGAAAACUUUAGCCUAUGCCUUACCAAUCGUGCAGGUCCUUUCCACUCGUGCUGUUAAUUGUCUUCGUGCUUUAGUGGUGUUGCCGACUCGAGAUUUAGCCUUGCAGGUUAAGGAAGUUUUUGAUGCUAUUGCUCCUGCGGUAGGACUGUCUGUUGGUUUGGCAGUCGGUCAAUCUUCCAUUGCCGAUGAAAUUUCGAAUCUUGUAAGGAGACCGAAGCACGAGGCAGGCAUCUGUUAUGACCCAGAGGGCCCUCCCCCAGAGCUACAAAGUGCAGUGGAUAUCCUGGUGGCGACUCCAGGAAGACUCAUGGAUCAUAUCAAUUCUACUAAGGGAUUUACACUCGAGCAUCUUUGUUAUCUUGUAGUCGAUGAAACAGAUAGACUACUUAGAGAGGCAUACCAAUCCUGGUUACCAACUGUGCUCCGAAUUACUGAAGCUAACGAUGGAGGCCUCUCUAAUACAAGGGAUUUCUCCCUUCCCAUAUUCGGUUCAUUAAAAACCAUUAGGAGAUGUGGCAUUGAAAGAGGCUUUAAGGGUAGAUCUUACCCUAGACUUGUGAAGAUGGUACUUUCAGCUACUCUCACUCGAGAUCCGAGCAAGCUUGCCCAACUCAACCUGCAUCAUCCCUUGUUCUUGACAGCUGGGAAGAGACGUUAUCGGUUCCCAGAAAAAUUGGAAUCAUAUAAGUUGAUAUGCGAAUCAAAGCUGAAACCCAUCUACUUGGUCUCGCUUCUGCAAAGUCUCGGAGGGGAGAAGUGCAUUGUCUUCACAUCGUCUGUGGAGUCUACACACCGUCUAUGCACCCUACUAAAUUUCUUCACCGAUUUGCAACUGAAGAUCAAAGAGUAUUCAGGCCUUCAACGCCAAUCAGUAAGGAGUAAGACAUUGAAAGCAUUCAGAGAAGGUGACGUGCAAGUUCUCGUUUCGUCGGAUGCAAUGACUCGUGGAAUGGACGUGGAAGGGGUGAAGAAUGUUGUAAAUUACAAUAUGCCCCCGUACAUCAAGACUUAUAUCCAUCGAGCUGGUCGUACAGCACGAGCUGGGCAAAGUGGCCGGUGCUUCACUUUGUUGCGUAAAGAAGAGGUCAAGCGUUUCAAGAAGCUGUUGCAGAAAGCUGACAACAAUUCAUGCCCUGUUUAUUCUGUUCCUUCAAGUUCUAUCGAAUCCCUGCGCACUACUUACACAUCUGCGCUGGAGAAAUUGAAAGAGGUAGUUGAAUCUGAGGCAUCAAAGAAGCACAAGAUUGGAAUGAAGCCUCUACAAGCGAGGGAUCAGAAGAAAAACGCAAAAAGUAGAUUUCUAUGGUUAUCGGAUACGAAUACGUCCUGAUGAGAGGUUCCUCAAAAAACUGCUCCCUCUAAGGUCUCAGCUCUUCUGGUUCACCGAACUGACCCCCUUAUCUUUUGCAAAGCCGAUCAUCAGGGUGAAAACCCAUUGGACUAUCAAUCAUGAGUGAUUGCAUCCAGCAGUCAGGAGCUUUCAGUUCUCGAAGAAGGACAGGUAUUGGCGGACUUCAUGGAGGAAGUGCUUUGAAUUCACCGAGAAUGAAGCAGAACUCGAAGCGGAAGUAAUACUCCUGGGGGAUGAGGAACUGGUCCUCGGAGAUGGAGAAUGAGAUUCGCCUGCAGUGACGAUAUCGUCUCUCUCUUCUUCGCUGAUUGUGUCCAGCAUCUUCCGCGUUCUGUGCCGCAUGACACUAACAAACUGCGGAGGUGCAACCUCCGUCACGAACCUUGCAAGCCUUGCAUUUGCCAUUCGUUUUAUUCGUUUUCUUGAUUAUAUUGAGGACAGGAGGAGAAGUUGAGAUGAAGGAAACGGUGAGUUUGGUUAUGAAUGACUACUGAGACUGGUAUGAGGUUUAUAUACCCUUUUCUUGAUUACGGCAUGUACUGAGUCAGCGGCCAUAAUUGAUUGUCAAAAGUGGGCUUUUAACUCCUUGA